AUGGCACGCAUCGCCUCCAACCCCACCCUUGACGUCGAACCGGACUUCGCAUCCCCGACUUUCGAAGGACUGAGAAACCGCAUCAUCGGAAACUCGCAGACAACCCACGUGGAAGCAGCCAAUGAACUGACCAUAGGUUGGCAGCAAGACCGCGACAUUCGUGUCACCGCUUGGAACCAACAAGUCAUUGAAGACGCCAGGCUUGCGGCUGAGCAAGCUCAAACCGCACGGGAACUGCUUGAACAGGAAGAACGAACCCAUGAGCAGGAAGCCGAGAAUGAGCGCCGGGAGGCCGAAAAGAAAAAGCCGAAGAUAAACGACUUCACAGUAGGUACCUCCGUCGGUGAUACUCUAACACCCCGUCCAUCCCAAUACACCAUCCACAAACUCAAGUCGUACGAAUACGUGGAACUCUGGUACUUCAGCCCGGACGGCUGCAAGGAAACCGCGGAUGAAGCCAAAUCAUCGGCAGACGGCACCUUUGGCUUCACGAAAGUGGAAGACUUCGUUGCGCUAAAGCCUGUUGCAUCCUUCAAACCCUCGCGCAAGGCCAUCCAGGACCACAACUUAGAGUGGCGGCAGUUUGACAUGGCGAAGAACAGCUUCCUCCUGUACAUCAACAAGUUGAACUGGCCGGAGAAACACCAACGCGCUGUCACGAUGUUCUUCAUGAACAUCGUGUCUCACCCACAACGCGCAGAACCGUUCGGCGAACGCGCCCUCCUUCUCUACGCGGCUCGCGUCCGUCGAGACUGGCAUGACACUCUCACCCUCGAUAAUGCCUUCGACAUCAGCGUGUUUAACCCCACGCUCCUGAAGAAUAUGGCAGAAGAAGUUUGGAACAAACUGCGUCUCGAGAGCUUAAACGAGAUC